AUGUAUGUAUCUAGGGUUUCUACGAGACCCCUUUCAAGUCAGUCAGCAGCACAGCUAUCAAAAGCUGUAGCUUUCUUCGCACAAUCCUAUGGUUUAUCUUCAACGACAUGUACAGCACAUUUAAAGUCGAGAAGAGCCUUCACAUCUGGCUCCAAGAUUCAGGUCAAAGGUAGAGAUUUGUUCCCGGAACCUGAACAUGGACAGAUCAAGAGAACGGAACCAGCUUGGCCUCAUCCACCCUACACCACCGAACAGAUGCGCAGCAAAGUCUACUUUGCACACCGCAAACCUCGAGACUUCUCCGAUCGUGUCGCUCUAGGCAUGGUACGUUUCCUCAGAUGGUGCACAGAUUUCGCUACGGGAUACAAACACAAUGUGGAAGUACCCAAGAAAGCAUCCGAUAGCAAUGCAGUUACGGCUACCAAACCAUACCAGAUGAGCGAGCGAAAAUGGUUAAUUCGCUAUGUGUUUUUGGAGUCGGUAGCUGGGGUGCCUGGAAUGGUGGCGGGUAUGUUGAGACAUUUGAGGAGUUUGAGAGGUUUGAAGAGGGAUAAUGGUUGGAUUGAAACUUUACUGGAAGAAGCAUACAACGAACGCAUGCACCUCCUCACCUUUCUCAAAAUGUACGAGCCCGGCCUCUUUAUGCGCACCCUGAUUCUCGGCGCCCAAGGCGUCUUCUUCAACUCCUUUUUCCUCUGCUACCUCUUUUCCCCUCGCACCUGCCAUCGCUUCGUCGGCUACCUCGAAGAAGAAGCCGUGCUCACCUACACGUUGUCGAUCCAAGACCUGGAAAAUGGCCAUCUACCCAAAUGGGCGGAUCCCAAUUACCUAGCGCCGGAAUUGGCGAUUGAAUAUUGGGGUAUGCCGGAGGGAAACAGGAGUAUGCGCGAUUUGCUUUAUUAUAUUAGGGCGGAUGAGGCGAAGCAUAGAGAGGUUAAUCAUACGUUGGGGAAUUUGAAGCAGGAUGAGGAUCCGAAUCCGUUUGUGAGUGUUUAUGGGAAGGAGGCGGGGGAGAAACCAGGGAAGGGUAUUGAGGCGCUUAAGCCUAAUGGGUGGGAGAGGGAGGAGGUUAUUUAG